AUGCGGCAGGCCAUUCCGGCCGGUAUAGCGCUGGAGCAUCUGCGCAAGCCUUCGAUCAAACUGUCACCAGAGUCGGAAUCGAUAUUUAUUCCGGCAAACCCAGAGGCCGAAGUCACACCGAUGGAUAUUGAUGGCGGCAAUGGUUCAAGUAACCCAGGGACUGAACGCCCUAACUCGGUCAAGGCAAUGGCAAUUGAACCAAUGGAAAUAGAUGAGCCGGUAUUCAUGACUCGCCCUGUGCCGGUUUGGGCACAACCAAUCAUGUCAUACAUAAAGGAUGAAAGUUUGCCGGAAGACGAAGUGUCGGCAAGGCAGGUUCAGAGGAGAGCAAAGGCGUACACCAUUAUCAACGGCGAGCUAUACAAGAGAAGCGUCACCAACAUGUUGCAACGUUGUGUCGAACCAGAAGAAGGACAAGAGAUCCUCUGA